AUGAACAUCAACUACAUGCAACGAGAUUCCUCGCCCACCCCAUCCGGCCACAACUCGAGCUCGAACUCCAAGUCCUCCGUACCAAACUCGUUUGGAAGCAACUCUGUGCCAUGGAAAGUACCAGAGAGAAGAUCCACUGGAUCGGGAGCGGGGUCUUCAUCGUUGAGGCAGACGAGGAGGAAUGAGGACAUGAUGGACAUCGACGGGGACGAGGAUUACAAGGAUGGGAUCUUGGGUGAUGGACAUGGCGGGCUCGACAUGUGUACCAGCAUGGGUACGGUAAAGGGGAAGGGCAAGGGAAGAUCAUCCACAGCGAGGAUGUCAAGUCAGACUCAAAGUCAAAGUCAAAUGGGUCUGUCUCAAGCGACCAUCACCCCGUCUGCCUCGAGGACCCGGUCGUCACAGGCACAGACGCAUCAUCGAGGACCUUCCCGAACCCACAUCCCUCCCAACCCUGUACAGAAUAACGAUCCUGCAGCAGGAAGAGCGGCCGUUCCUCUUCCCGCUGCUACAGGAACCACUUUCAAUACGACAAUCAACCCGAACGGGACCGUCACGUUGACCAGGUCCACCUCGGAACGGCAACGUGAUCAGGGUUAUGGCCAAGGUCGCUCAUUCAAACAACCAUCUUCCCCCACUUCGUCUUCGUCUACGAAUUCGAUGCACAUGACGAUGACCUCGCAUGCGCAUGCGAAUAUGGCCAAAGGACCCCUUACCCCGACUUCGGACAAGUCGUUCGAUCACGAGGGUGGGGGAUCGGGAACUGGUCCAGGAUUAGAUCUCAAGACGUUGAUGAGUCCGCCCACGCCUGCGCCUUCGCCGACACCGGGGAGGAACGGGUGGUGGGGUACCGUAGCGAGGGACGGAAGUGAGGGUGGUGUGAAUGGAGGGAAUUCGGGACAGAGGGAAGACGGCGCGUUCGACCCAUCGCAGCUAUUGGUGGCGUUCCCAUCACUCCCGCCACCGACCCGACUCCGCAUAUUGGAAGACCUCUUACCGUUAUUGACUAGGAACGAGCUGUUGAUGCUCAACGUCAAUAUCGGGCCGAGGCUGAAGAAGGAUUUCUUGAAAGAGUUGCCGGUCGAAUUGGGAUUGCACGUUCUGAGCUUUAUUGACGAUCCUAUGACCUUGGCAAGAGCGUCCCUCGUUUCGAAACAUUGGUACAGGCUGUUACAGGACGAAAAGACGUGGAAGAUCAUGUGUGAACGUGUUCGUUUCCAGUCUGCUCAAGUCCUCCCUGCGAUUCCCGUCCUCGUCCCCACACGGAACGUACCCAAUGCGGCCAUCGUCGCAUCCGAUCGAUCGGGUUCGGGUCCGGCGGUCGCGGCGAUUCCGGGCAGUGUCAAUACGCUACCACCGCGAUUUGGGGUGUCGACACCGAGCCAGUACUAUGCGACCCGGGUGACGAGGAACACGGGGAUCCCUCACGUGGGCGAUCAUGAGGAUCAGGACGAUAACGAAGACGGGGAGCAGGAAGAGCAGGAGCAGCACUCCACUGCUAGUCACGCUCAUACCGGUCUAGAUUACGGUCAGGCUACGGGCCACGCCUCGCAUACAAGCUAUGGUUACCAGAACACUUCGAAUCAAGUCUUGGGGUCUUCGUCAAUGUCAAGGAGAAGCAAUCGACUGAUUUCGGGUCAAGAGCAGGCCAUGCCCGGUGCCUAUCAGACAAGCUCGACACCAUCCACUUUCGCAUCGAACAGCUAUGACCCAGCUGCUUACACCGGUCGGACCAACGGCCAACUCCCACCUAUGCCCAGCAUCGUCUCGCCGUCGGCUGUGACUGGCUCUUCGCUUCAAGUUCAGCAAUUCCACCUCGGUCUUGGACUGAACCAGGCAGAACGCAGGAACGCGCCGAGCUCGAAUACGGCGUCCCCCUUUGAUUCGUUGUCGUACAGCAACCGACCUCUGUCGAUCGAACAGAGAGAAUCUGAUCAUGGUGAUAGUGGAGCUGGAUACGAGCCUGGUGGCAUGAUCGCGAGUUCGUCUAGCCAGAGCGGACUCGGACGGAGCGCGAGUGUGCCGGAGCCUAUCCUCAUGCAGAACAAGAGGAUUCCGAGUUACGGUACCAAGAAGCCGGAAGAGAUCGACACGGACGCACCUGGAUUCUCGUACAAGAACCACUUCAAGAAGGCUUAUCUGACAGAAUCGAACUGGCUUCGAGGUGGAAGAUUGCUUUCCACUCAUACCUCCACAGAUGAAGGAGUCGUGACCACCCUCGCCAUGAACUCGAAACACAUAAUCAUUGGCAUGGCCAACACCAAGAUCCACCUGUUCGAAGCCGAAACUGGGCAGUUCCUCCGGACCUUUUCCGGACACGAACUUGGUGUUUGGGCUCUAUAUCUGGUUAGCAGCGGUUCACCUCCCAAUGACGGGGUCAACGGCGACGAAGUCGACAUGGACGGAGACAACAAUUUCAACAUGGGAUCUUAUCGCUCUGACCUAGAACCGGCCGGACGAGGCAAGGCGAGAAAGAGAUCUCGAGCCGAUACUCGCCGAGCCUCUCUCGGCGAAAACAGCUUCAGGGGAUCUCAAUCAUCGCAUACUAGGAAUGGCAGCACGAGCCAAUCCAGUCGAUCCACUCAUCGAACUCAGCCCGGCUCGUACGAUCCUAGCGGCCCGUUCGGGCCUCGAUAUCCCGGAGUUCAGAUUUCUGGCAACAAAUGGCCGACGAGCGACGUUUCCAAUGCUGCCUAUGGGUGGGGCCAGAAACAGCAAUUCGUCAUCAGCGGUGGUUGCGAUCGCGAAGUCAAGGUGUGGGAUCUCGACACUGGAGAAUGUCUUCACACUUUGCGUGGGCACACGUCUACAAUUCGAUGCCUCAAAGUUCUGGAUGGUCGCCCGGUCGCGGUGACGGGAGCGCGUGACGCUAGUAUUCGGGUCUGGGACAUCGAGAGGGGAGUCAGCCUGCACCAUCUGGCAGGUCAUUCGCAUUCGGUCAGGUGUAUCGAGAUCGCUGGGCAUUACUGUGUUAGCGGAAGUUACGACUGUACCGCCAGGCUGUGGAAUCUCGAGACUGGAGAAUGCCUUCACGUGCUUCGGGGCCACUAUCACCAGAUUUACUCUGUUGCCUUUGACGGAGAAAAGGUUGCCACCGGAAGUCUCGACUCGACUGUCCGAAUUUGGUCUGCUGUGACAGGUGAAUGUGUCGCCUUGUUGCAAGGGCAUACUUCGCUCGUCGGACAACUUCAAUUGUCUGGAGACAUUCUCGUUACCGGUGGAUCAGACGGCAGAGUCAUCAUCUUCGAUCUAUCGACCUACACCUGUUUGCAGAGGAUUUGUGCCCACGACAACUCGGUCACCUCGCUUCAGUUUGACGAUCGUUUCAUUCUUACCGGCGGAAACGAUGGGAGGGUCAAGCUCUGGGACAUCAAAACUGGGAACUUUAUCCGGGAGCUUUCCAAGCCGUCCGAAGCCGUUUGGAGGGUGAACUUCAAGAAUGACAAGUGUGCGGUACUGUGCAAGCGAGCCGGGAAGACAGUUCUGGAACUGCUCAGUUUCGUACCGGAAGACUUUUCGAUAUGA